AUGUGUCAUGCUAAUGAUAUAUUAUCGGAAUUCAGCCCUAUUGAUGUACUGUCUUUAUCUGAUAACGCAGCAUAUGACUAUCUUCAACAACCAGUGAUAGAUGAGGAUUCUGAUGAUGGUGAGUCUAGUGAUUCUGAUUAUGACAAAAUCGAAGAAGAAAUUUUACAAAAGCACAGAAAAGAAAAACGGCCCCUUCCAUCUGUACCAGAAGAACCGAAAAGUUCACGAACUCUUCCUCCUACAAGAGAUAUAAAAAGCAGUCCAGCUACUAGACGAGCAUCUGUAGAUGAGGGCAGGAGAACCAUACCACCUAUUCCUGAAAAUGAGGAUUCUAAAUCCAGUGGAAGUUUGCCACAAAAGGCGAUAAAAACCCCACGAAAGAAACCGGAGCCACCAGUUGCUUUGAAACCAAACCCUGUAGCAAAUUACGGUAAUAGAAAUAAGACUUUGAAGGAAAAAGAUUUUAUGCUUGAAAGUUCAGAUAGAGAUGAGGUUAAAAAAAUAUUAUCUGAGGCACCAGAUGGUACGUUUUUAGUGAGAAAUUCAAGAAGCGAUAACGCCAAAGUAUUAGCUGUGAAAUCUGAUGCUGAAGUGAGAGAAUAUAAAAUAUUUAUUCAGGAUUCUAGAGUGUCUAUAGAUAAGAUAAAAUACUAUAAUUCGAUACAGGAUAUGUUAAAACAUUAUAAAGAUGCGAAGCUGCCUAAAAGGGAUACAACUCUAGGAAAAGCUUAUAGUUUUCUUGAUCUUUCUGCUAUAUAA